UGGCCUUCUUCCAGACAGCCCCUGCUUCUCACACCCAACGACUAGCUACCUACGUACGACCCAGCAACACCAUAGACAUAUCGGCCCAUUGCUGUACGGGCAGACAUCCGAAUCGGAACGCCCAUGAUCACCGAUCAGACCGACAAACCGGCGGGAACACCGACGGCAGGGAAGCAUGGCGACCGGUCAGCUGGAUGGCAUGCUGAAGCGCGACGCCAGGUUCCUGUAUGAGAUAUGGGCCUGGUUCGCCGCCGGGGCCGUCGUCAUCUUCCUGAGAUUCGUCGUGAGGCUGCGCAUGGUUGGGCCGGCGGGGCUCAAGGGCGAUGACUACACGAUGCUCGUCACCUUGUUUCUUUACACCCUCUGUUUCGUCAUGGUCGACCUGGUCUAUCGGUAUGGAAGCAACGUGGAUCUCACGGCUGCACAGAUCAGCGUCUUGUCCAACGAAGAAGUUGUCCGCCUCGUCCAGGGCUCCAAGUUCCAGCAGGUGGCGUGGUACUCCUACACGGCUUACCUCUGGUCUCUGAAAGCCACCCUGCUCUUCUUCUACAAACGCUUGACCUUUGAUCUUUGGCAGAACGCCAAGGUUCUGAGAUACCUGACUUGGUUCACGAUAGCAUCCUACUUGGCCGUGGUUGGCACCAUAACAUUCAGCUGUUUGCCCUUUUCUGACAACUGGGGAGUGAGACCGCUGCCGAGCGAAAAGUGCGUCUUCAAGCCCCAGAACCUGCUCGUCACCACGUUUUUCAAGUAUCAAUCUACUCGAGACGUGAUCACCGAUGCCGCGAUCCUCUCGCUACCCCUGCCCGUCCUGAGAGAAAUACGGGUGCCGCUGUACAAAAAGAUGUUCAUCGCGGUGCUCAUCUGCUCGGGCUUGUUCGUCAUCGCCGCCGCCAUCAUGCGCGUCGCAGUCACCCUGGGCUCGGAGCCCUCGACCAUCACGGUCAACCGCUGGGGGGUCCGGGAGUGCGAGGUCGGGCUCAUGGCCAUCAACGCCCCCAUCCUUCGGCCGUUGUUCUCCCGCAGGUUCUGGCAGUGGAACUACCGACCGCCGGCCCGUACCCCUGGCCCCAUGGAGAGUACGAGGAGGAGCAGGACGGCGGCGUUCGGCCGGCGAAGGAGGGUGUUCAAGGACGGCUCUUUUCUUGCGUGGAUGAACUCGACCACUUCGAGACUUGGAACUGCUGUACGGACGCAAGGCCGUAAGAGCCCGGUGGACCUAGAGUUGGGUGAUGCUGCUGAUGACCAGGAGCUUGCGCCUCUCGAUACCAUCAAGGACGACGAAGAAGGUGAAAGUUUCAGGGGCGUCACAGACAAUGAAAUCGGACAAGAUCGAAUAUCUCAUUAUUGACGCCAAGCCUCAAUUUGGAUUAUCCCGUUGGACAAGAGUGGCAACGACUUGAUUGAUUGUUCAGGACAAGACAAAAGCACAGCAUAGUCUUUGAUACCCAACCACAUGAUGUGGCAUAAUAGAGAACAGUUUGUGGCUCC